AUGGCUAUGGCGGCAGCUGAGAACUACUGUGGGUUUUUUUCAGCUGUAAUUUCUCCAUCCUCACGUAAAAUUAGUCCUGGUAAUAGUAAUAGUAUGUUCGGAAUGAGAGUAAUACUGGGCCAACGCGGCCGUGCCGGAGUUGGUGGUGGCGGCGGAAUGGUGGUGAUGAUGAAUCUGAUUAGUGAACCCGAUUACUUUGAAGUUGGGAGGCUAAUUGGUAGCUAUGGCUUCAUGAAUAUCACUAGUUACUCCGGUGGGUUGCAAUCCUCAUUCCGGUCACCGGAAUAUUUGAAACUUCAGGAUGUUGGAGAAGGCAAUGUCGAGAUUAGGCUUUAUGAAGGAAGAUUAGUGCAAGGUCCAAAAAGAGGCACUCCUGUUAUUUUUAAGGUUUAUCCAGGACAACAAGUUGGAGGAAUUGAAGCUGAUGCUAUGGCUGCAAAUGAGCUCAGUGCUCAUGCAUCCCUUCAACAAGAAGGCCCUCUUUGCCAAAAUAUCCAACUACUUCUAGGUGGAUUUGAGACCAAAACAGGGGAGCAGUGGUUGGCUUUCCGCAACCAUGGUAUGUACACUGCUGCCGACUACGCCACAUUUGCCAGCAAGAAAAUGUCGAAAGUCUCCUGGAAUCCUUUUGAAAAAGAUGUAACUCUUGACCUAAGGAAGUACUUUGUUACCAGGUUGCUUCAGGGUACUAUACAAGCUCUUUCGUACAUGCAUGAACAUCACAGGUUGCAUCAAAGUCUAGGACCUUAUUCAGUUGUUCUCAAUACAGUGGCUGAAGAAGAGGUUGUAUACCUAAUUCCAAGGCUUCGUGAUCUUGCCUUUUCAGUUAAUAUAAGGUAUCCAAAGCCACAGGAUGAUUUGAUAUCUGAAGGGCUAUGGAGACGUGCCGCUACUGCCGGCGCCUUUACUCCUUUGGAUAAGAGGGCCUUUGGAAUAGCUGAUGACAUUUAUGAAGCAGGAUUACUCUUUGCUUACCUAGCUUUUGUUCCAUUUUGUGAAGCUGGAAUCAUGGAUAGUCUGUCACUGCGAAGGCUUUUGGAGAACACGUUCCAGCUUGAUCUUGAAGCUGCAAGAGAAUACUGUUUAGCGGAUGAUCGUUUAUCAGCAGCAGUGCAGUUUUUGGAUCAUAACAAGAAGGCCGGUUGGGAGCUACUUCAGGCAAUGCUGAAUCGGGACUUUCGGAAAAGGCCAGUUGCAGAAGCUGUACUAAGACAUCGUUUCACUUACAUGAUCCCUGGUGUUUCCAAAGCCACUGUCCUUGGGGAGUUGAAUCCUGAAACAAGAAAUAAUCCGAUGCUUGUUCAAGGUGAUCAAGGGGCAUUUGGCACAUCUAGUAUUCCCCGUGCUUCUCCUGUGCAAGUGAUGCUGGAGGACCAUCCUUGCCUGGAUACUUCUCCUGCCCCCUCUUCAAAAUGGGGAAAAGCUGAUAGCCGAAAACGGACUGCUAAUUUUAACCUGGGUGGUUAUAAGAAGAAAGGUAAGCCAGUGUUUCUUCCACUCUGGGUGGAUGCAGAGGAAAACCGUACUGUCUUCUGUUUCAAACCUUCAGACGUCUUGGCCAGGGCUUAUGAAGAGUGCAGCUGCUUGCAUGAUGUAGAAUUGAGAAUCCAGGCUUCUCCAAGUUCGUCUGAGAUGCAAAGCUGUCUCUCUCGUUUCAAGGAACGAGGAGAGUCUGCUGAGAAGAGGGCCAUAGAACUUGAAGCCAAACUUCAAGAGAUGGAAGCUGCCGUGGAUGCAGCCUUGGAAAUGUGGGGUGACCUGCAAUGGGAAAUGGAAGAACAGGGGAAGAAAUAUGCCGCUGAUCUUAAAUCCCGAGAAGAUUAUAUUUUGCAACUGGAAGGAGAGUGUGCUAAAUUGAAAGGUGAAAGGGGAGUAUUUUUACGCACUCUUAUAAAAAAGUUUCUGGAAAGUUAUGGCUUCAUGCAGUUAAUUGGGAAACUGGCGAAUCCAGUAUUAGCAUUGGGUCGGCACCAAGCAAUGGAGUGA